AUAAUAAUCCCAACAUAAAUACCACCCCAAAACUCCUAACCAACACCUUUACCCAAUCAACCAAACACAAAAAUACAAAAUUCCCAAAGAAACACAUUAACGUAAAAAGCUAAAGAGCAACAAAAACAUGGGCAACACCAUAGGAAAAAGCAAAAGAGCUAAGGUUAUGAAAAUAGAUGGAGAAACCUUCAAAGUAAAAAUUCCAUCCACCGCAAACGACGUCGUUAAAGACUACCCCAAUCACGUUCUCCUCGAUUCUCAAGCGGUAAAACAUUUUGGGCUUCGGGCAAGACCACUUGAGCCCAAUCAAGAACUCAAGCCCAAAAAAAUUUACUUCCUCGUGGAUUUACCUAAGGUUCAGCCCGAAGAAGAAAAAACGGCUUUACCGCGGAGGGUGCGAUCUAGUGGAAUACGGACCAUGAAUGCUAAGGAAAGGCUCGAGUUAUUGAUGUUGUCGAAACGCUCCGUUUCGGAUCUCACGUUAGUGAAGCAGCCACCGAAUUUGGACUUAGAUGGGCCCAUGAGGGUGAAGUUAAGGCUUCCUAAGGCCCAGUUGGAAAAGUUAAUGGAGGAGAGUAACGAUGGGUCUCAGGUGGCGGAGAAGAUUAUGAGUUUGUAUAUGGGAACUAAUAAUGGUGGUGAUGAUGCGGCGGAGCAAGACGGUGUUGUUCACCGUCAACAUCGCAAGCCACGGGGGAAACGAGUGAGUUUUAGCCCAAUGGAAAUUGAAGAAAUGGGUGUAGAAGCAGCUCCUCAAUAGCAUUACUUCGUAAUUGUUUUUGUUUUUUAAACAUAUAUAGUGCUUAAUGAUUGUUAGAUACUUCGAUAUGUAAAUUUGUACUAGAGUAUAUAGGUAGGUAUUCAUAAAUAAGGAUAUAUGUUCGUAAGAUGCAUAUAUUUGUAAUAUGUAGUGCUAAAUACACAUGGUUGGUUAUCUUAGAUUCCACUCAAACUUGGUAUGUACAUACUAAAAUGGCAUCACAAAUUCACAAAGAAAUAUUAUAUUUGAACAUGUAUCACAUAUGUACUGUUUAUUUUUU